GUGCAGUCUGAACACCUUUUACACUAUUUUAUUUUGAACUCAAAUUGGUUGACUUGUAUAUAUAUAUUUUUUACUUUUAGAUUUUGUCUUUACUCUUUUUAUGCAGCUGUAUCUUGCUUGAGGAGUGCUCUAUAUACAAACUAUCAUUAUUAUUAUUAUUAUUAUUAUUAUUAUUAUUAUUACAUCAAAUACAAUAUAAACGUGCAGCACAGAUUAUCCUGAGACAGGUGCAGAUCUUUGCUGCCACCACCUGGUGCUUCACAUGAACUGCAGGCAGUUUUUCUUUGACACAAUAAAUGUGCUCACAAUGAGCAGAUCAGUCUGCAGGCAUGACAGCGUCUACAUCCCGGCGGCACCAUGACACACAUGAUGAUUAACUGGGGUCCUUGUUGUUUUCCGCACGUGUGAGCGCCUCUGCUGGAGCCAUCUUCAUCUCCCUCUUCUUCAUCUUCUUCUUGCUGCUGCUGCGGCGGUGGGUGAGAUAUACUGUGCAGCGUUAAUUAAAGGGAGUCCAGACCCGCCCCUUUCAUUCAGCCUGGACGCAUCAUCCACAAACUGUGUCCGAGAUGACGGCCAACAGCAGGUACAAGAGCCGCGCGCCCCGGUCAGAUGAUGCAGAGGAAAAAGAUUAUGUUGGUUUCGCGACGCUGCCCAACCAGGUGCACAGGAAGUCAGUGAAAAAGGGAUUCGACUUCACCCUCAUGGUGGCAGGUGAGUCUGGUCUGGGUAAAUCCACUCUGGUGAACAGCCUGUUCCUCACUGAUCUGCACAAAGACAGAAAACUACUGAAUGCAGAAGAGCGAAUCAAUCAGACGGUGGAGAUUACAAAGCACACAGUGGACAUCGAGGAGAAGGGGGUGAAGCUGAAGCUGACCAUCGUGGACACCCCGGGUUUUGGAGACGCAGUCAACAACACUGAGUGCUGGAGGGCUGUCACUGACUACAUCGACCAGCAAUUUGAAAACUACUUCAGAGACGAGAGCGGACUGAACAGGAAGAACAUCCAGGACAACAGAGUGCACUGCUGCCUCUACUUCAUACCUCCGUUUGGACAUGGGCUGCGUCCAGUCGACAUAGAGUUCAUGAAGGCCCUGCAGGAGAAAGUUAACAUGGUUCCUCUCAUCGCUAAAGCCGACUGCCUCACUCCCAAUGAGAUCAAGAAACUCAAAGAGCGGCUGAGGGAAGAGAUAGAUAAGUACGGGAUAAAGAUCUAUCAGUUCCCGGACUGCGACUCUGAUGAGGACGAGGAGUUCAAGCGGCAGGAUAAAGAGCUGAAGGAGAGCACUCCGUUUGCAGUGAUCGGCAGCAACACUGUGGUAGAAGCCCGAGGUCAGCGAGUGAGAGGGAGGCUGUACCCGUGGGGCAUUGUGGAGGUGGAGAACCCGUCCCACUGCGACUUUGUGAAGCUGAGGACCAUGCUGAUAAGAACCCAUAUGCACGACCUGAAGGACAUCACCAGCGACUGUCACUACGAGAACUACAGAGCCCAGUGCAUCCAGACCAUGACCAGUAAGAUGAAUGCAGAUAAGCGGGUGGAGAGCCCCAUCCCCAUCCUGCCGCUGUCCACACCGGACGUGGAGACGGAGAAGCUCAUCAGAAUGAAAGAUGACGAGCUGAGGAGGAUGCAGCAGAUGCUUCAGAAGAUGCAGCAGCAGAUGCACGAGCAGGACCUGUGACCUCUUGUGUUGCAUCUUUUAUUUAGGAGAACAGAAAUCAAACACACAGCACAGAUUUGAACGCUCAUAAGACCCGUCUCUGCAGGGGGCGAGAGGAAGGAACCUUUAGAUAAUCACAGUCACCCGAUCCUCUGAGAAACAGUAGAUGCACAGCAUGCUGGGAGAUGUAUUUUGGCCUGAUUUUAAUAAUAAACUUUUUUAACGCAGUCGUUAGCCAAGUGAGUCUAGUUAGGCAAUAGAGAGUAGAUUGCACUUUGUUACCUUUAGAUCACAGUAGAUUUACGAGUACUUGAAAUACUAAAUGAGACCAAUGCACCAAACCCUCUUCAUUUAGUAGUUAAUGCACUGAUUGUGUGGACGCCUGCUGUGUGUGCUGAGCAACGCCUGGAUGGAAAGGUCGCUGAUGGUUUGGUUUCAGUGGCAUGUGCAUGAUUAGUAACCUGAACCACUGAAAACGGGUGCAUGACCUGAUUUUGUCAAGUAGGACAUGCUCCUGGAUCAACAUUGCAAUCAAUCAGUCAAUCACAGCCCUCUGACAUCAUCAGCGUGAUGCUGCUGUGCUUCUUUUGAAAUUCCUUUGUGCUUCGGAGCUAAGCUAGUUUCCAAAUUGAAGUUAAUACAACUAAACAAAAUACUGAGACACCAUACCUACACCGUACCCUACACUGUAGCCUGUAGCCUGACGCUACAAGCUUUUAUUUACUUUAAUUUCACAGAUAAGAAACAAUAAAUUGUG